AUGGCCUCCACCACGCCGACCCGCGAGCCGCCCUCGUCGCGCUCCCAGCGCCUGCGCUCGCGCUCCCCCCGCUCGCGCCCGACCACGCCGCUGCGCCCGUCCUCGCGCAGCUCGCUCCGCGACAGCGCCCGGCGGUCGCGCACCGCCGCGUCGUCCAAUGCGCUCGCCGGCCUGCAGGACGGGUUCGCCGAGCUCAGCGACGCCAUGGCCGACCUGGAGCAGAACUUUGUGCAGCUGCAGCUGAUGCACGAGAGCCUGGCGCGCUUCAGCGAGAGCUUCGCCGGCUUCCUGUACGGGCUGAACAUGAACGCCUUCUGCGUCGACUUCCCCGAGGCCCCGGCCCCCGACUCGUUCCAGCGCCCGCAGAACCACCCCGCCCUGAAUCCGUCCGCGAUGCUGCCGAACCGCCGCGCCUCGGGCGUCGACGACGGCGACGCGACCUUCCUCACCACCGACACGUCGUUUGUCGAGAACCCGCCGAGCGGCCGGGCCGCCACCAAGUUCAAGAACGCCGCGAGUCCGGCCCCGACGCCGAAGAAGACGCCUGCGGGCAGGGGGCGCGGCAUCCCGACCGCGCGAGGCCGAGGCGGGAUUCCCACGCGCGGCGGGACGAGGGGGAGGGGGAGCGGCAUCGCGCGGGGGUCGGCGCGAGGGAGGGGGAGAGCAGCGUAGGUCGAGACGUGGGUGUAGAGAGCGUAAGCAAUAUACCACUGAUUCAUUACUGCAUAACUACCAGCCAUAAAGUCCCGUCAUAGUCUCAUUACCAUUACCAGCUCGCAAACAUGUAAAGCCGGGGUAUACGCAGCCGAAAAACAAAAGUCGGAAAAACAGACCGCCACCACCUCACCAACUCACGC